GUCCAAAUCAUGAAAUGACCUUGUAGCCCCUCGUCGGUGAGUGGAAUCAGCUGAUUUCGAAGCUUGAUUAUUAUCGGCGAUUUGUAAAAGUCACGAACAAGAUUUUAUCUCGGUCUCUCAUAUCAACAGAAUUUCGUAAGGAAAGGAGCGGAAAAAAAUCGGAAAAUGAGAUUCCAACUUAUGAAGUUGGAGUUUACUGACGUGUACGGAAGAUGUGCAGAGUACGUGUCGUCGACGGAAGAUGCUGUCACUGUAUGAGCGGAAUUAUGUGCGGUGCUCGUGGCUAAUAGAGGACUCACUUAAACUCUUCGUGUGCGCAAACAAGGUGUCGGUGAAUAUGACACGAACGAUCGCGACUUGAUACUCGCGAUACGACGGCUAAAUGAUCGCAAGAGUAUUCAUGUGCCGAAAUUUACGCGACGCACAGGUUAUCAUGGGAUCUCGGUAAACAAAUAGAUACUAUUAACUCACACGCAAGAGGACAAAAGUAAUUCGGAGACACCAGCCAGGAUCUACAGGAGCCAGCAAAAUGAGACCGCUACUUAAAGUGUUAUAUUCACUCUGUUGGAGCAACGUUUACUUGAUCAUGGGCAUAUGCAUGGGUCUGAGUUUCAGUCUGUUGCUGGUACCGAUUGACAUUGACAAGCAACACGACAUAGCGGAGUCUUUCGACCACUCCUCUAAUACCCUGGAGGACGUGGACCCCUAUGAGCCGCGGAUAAACACCGACGGUAAACCGCAACAGGCGCCGAAGGCGCGGAAGGCGUUCGUUCGGCCGCGAUAUUACUCGACGGAGCUCGGUAUCAGAGAGAAAUUAUUCGUGGGCGUUAUAACGAGCCGGGAACACCUGCACAGCAGGGAUGUGGCGUUGAACAAAACGGUCGCUCACAUAGUGGAUAAAAUUCGCUAUUUCAUCUCCAUACCGGAAGGCACCAAGCCGAACGUCUCGUUCCCCGGUAUAGUGGGAUUCACCGACACGAGAAACGUCCUGAAACCCUUCCAUGCUAUGAAGUACAUCAUCGACAAUUAUCUGGAGAACUACGACUACUACUUUUUAGUUAAGGAUGUGAGUUACGUUAAUGCGAGGGGUCUGGCCGAAUUCGUGAAUAAGAUAAGCGUGAGCCAAAACGUUCACGCAGGCGUCCUGAGCGAAAUCGAGAAUUACUGUUCCUUAGAGCCCGGCGUUCUGCUGAGCAACUCGGUUAUACAGGAGAUAAAGAAUAAUUUGGACUGGUGCGUGAAGAACGCGUAUUCGGACUCGGAUGACGUUAACGUUGGCCGCUGCAUCCUCCACUCCACGUCGAUGCCGUGCACCGAUCGCGUGCAAGGGCAGGACUUCAAGUUCACGCGCUUGAAGCCUGCGUUUCACUUCAAACGGGAUUUCGCUGAGUUGGCCGAGCGAAGUGAUUUCCGAAAUUCGCUGUCCGUGUACCCUAUUCACGAUCACAUGCUCGUUUACAAAUUUAACAUGUACUUCGCUGCGAUCAACUGCAUGAAGGUGCACAAGCUGAUCGGCGACAUACGAAAGGUGAUCUCGGAGACGGCGCAUCUGGGCCCGCCGAACCAGCGCAACGUGUCAUGGCCCAUCGGCAAUCAGCCAGGUAACCGGCCAUCGGGACGUUUCGACGUGCUGCGCUGGUCAUACUUCAACGAAUCUCACGCGUUCUUCGAGACCGACUUCGUCAAUAUCCAAGAGUUGCGCGGCAACACCAAGUCCGACCUUGACUAUGUGAUCGACGCAGCUGCGAACAAUAUUAUCAGCAAGCACGACGACAAGCUGAGCUACAAGAGGCUGCUGAACGGCUAUCAGAAAUUCGACGCGUCCAGGGGGAUGGAUUACAUACUCGACAUCGCGUUCAACGAGGUGGCCACGGGCAAAGAGGUCAGGAAGCGGAUCGAAGUGUGCAAGCCGCUGGGCAAAGUGGAAAUUAUACCCGUGCCGUACGUGACCGAGAACACGAGGAUCAACGUGGUCGUUCUAAUCGAUCUGGAGAAGAAGCAGGACGCGUUGAAUUUCAUGGAGCAUUACGCGCAAGAUUGCAUGGAGAAGAAGUACAAGACCUUCCUCAUGGUGGUGCUGUUAUACAAUUUCAACUCGCAAUCGAAGGGCAAAGGCGACGUCUUCUACGAAGUGAAGAAGAACAUAUUGGCGCUGAACGAGAAGUACAAGAAGGAUCAGUCUAGGAUCACGUGGCUCUCGAUACGAUUGCCGAGCAACGUGACUUCCGUCGACUUCGAUCCGAUGAUGAAGAUCGCCGUGACCGACUUGUGCGCGAAGAAAUUCUCACCGGAGAGUCUGGUUCUGCUCGCGGAAACGGGAGCGAAGCUGAAGAUGGAUUAUUUAAACCGAGUUCGCAUGAACACUAUCAGCCGUUAUCAGAUCUUCAGCCCGAUCCCGUUCAUCGAGUAUCAUCCCGAUAUAAUCUACACGGACGAAGUGGCUCACGACGAGGUGGACGUCAACAGCAACUACGGCAAAUACGACGAGCAGAACUACAACAAUAUCGCGUUUUACAUCAAGGAUUACAACGCAAUGCGGCAGACGGUUGAAGCCAACAUCCCGUUGACGCGAUCCGACAAGGAUAUAGCGACUCUGCUGAAAUUCUCGAAACACAGUCCCGUAACCUCUUUAUUUGAGAUGUACGUGUCCUUCAGCGAUAUGCAUGUGUUCCGCGCGAUCGAGCCGACGCUGAAGAUCAAGUACAAAGAUGUCAACUGUGAGGACGAUUUCAACGACAGUAUUUAUAAGAGCUGCCUUAGACUAAAAAAUAGUCACUUGGGUAAACGCAGCCAGCUGGCUAGACUAAUAUUAGAUUAUCAAAACUACCACACGUGAUGGAAACAGAAGUCGCAGUAUUAAAUCGAUAUAUAUAUAUAUAUAUAUAUACGUGAAUUGUAAUAGCAUUGUUGAAAAAUU